GCUGCUCCAAACUUGAACGGGAAUCGUGCAACUUGGUUGCAUCUUGAGCCUCUUCUCAGUCUGGCUUGUGCUUCUUUAUCCUGAAAGAUUGUGGUAAAUCCAUCGUUCAAGCAGCCAUCUCCAUCGACAACGCACUUCCACACCACAGCGCCCUCCAUCGCCAGAUCGUGUGCAACCUUCCAAGACGCCCGCGGGCUCCCAGCAUCCAUCACGCACCCACAAUCAAGGCCACAUCUUCACCGCUCUACCCAGCUGGCCGCCCGCUGCAGCCCCAGCCCCCACCGCAGGCCACACCCCUCCAGUUUCGUUCAAAACGGCGGACAGUAAUGAGCAACCGCAUCAUGAGGAAAAGGCGGACGCAACAAUGAACGAACCGGCCGGUCCCCGGGAGUCUCACGAGACUAAAGAUGCAACAACAAUCGACAAGAACCCCAUCGAGCCUCCUCCUCCCACUGAUGGACCAGCCAGUCCAGCUGCCACUCCCAAAGACGAGGCAAUGACUGCUGUAACGGCAGCCGACGAAAGUGCUGAAAACAAAGCCAUGCCUGCUGUUGUUGGAGAUGAUGGUGAUGCCGAUGCUGCUGCCGACGAAGAUUCAGAAGCGGAGACUCUGAUUCAGUCGCCCGAAAAGCAAAGGGCCACAGCCGGAAAUGUGUCUGUUGCCGAGCCUGCAACCGUGGUCCGGCCCAAGGAAGAAGAUUCUUCUGCCGGAGCAGUGGCACCUGAUGCUGAUAACCGAUCAAGAAAACGCAAACGUGGUAGUGACGAUGGGCAAGACGGGACAGCCUUUUCCCCUUCGAGUCGCCGCAGCUCGCCUUUGUCAUUACCUUUGUCCUCACCCCGUAUCCAGACGCAUUCAGCAGAUAGUGAUUCAGAUGUAUCCAGUCAUAUGAUAUCCCGGAAGCCCAAGUCGGAGCGGCAGAAGAGGGACGAUCGAACAGCGGAACCUGAUGAUGCUGCUGGAACGCGCACCGAUAAGCCUCCAGGAAAACGCCGUCCCAGCGAUGGUUUUCCUUCAGUGAGCAAACGUCGAGCGAAGAAUGCCGGCGACGGUGGUGGAGAUCACGAUUUUGCAGAGCGUCGGGAGACCAGAUCCGCCACCUAUCCUCGGCAAUCUUCGCAUGAAAGAUCCGCCUCGCCUCGUUCUCAGGUGAAGAGGGAGCAUAGACGCGGUGUGUCAACCCAGCUGACUCUUGGCGAUGUCGAGCGUAAAAAGCGAGGGCGGCCUCCUGCAAUUCAUACCAGGAGAAGCGGCUCUGCUGGUCAUCGCGCAGUUUCAGAGUCCUCGGAGGAUUCGGAUUCGCCCCAACCGUCCAGGCCUGCGCUGCACAAGUAUUCUUCGGCAGAUCACGAUACCAUGUCGCCAGCCAAAGCACAACCAUCGGGACCUCGAAAGUGGCGCGACAAGAACGGACGGACUCACCUGUCCCGGGCUUGUAACAACAAUGACCUGGCAACAGUGAAGAUAAAACUCGCAGAGCGCCCGGAAGAUCUGAAUCAGGCCGACAACGCAGGCAACACGCCGCUACAAAUUGCCGCCCUGGAAGGAUUCACCGACAUUGUCAAAUUCUUGUUGGAAAACAAAUGUGAAGUCAAUACACGGAACAUUGAUAAGGAGACACCACUAAUUGAUGCUGUUGAAAAUGGCCACGUUGAAGUUGUUCGGCUUCUACUCCAGCACGGCGCGAAUCCGCGGUUGGGUAACGCUAAAGGCGAUGAACCGUACGAACUUGUGCCUCAAGAUGACGAGAAUUACGAGGAGAUUAGGAGACUCCUUGCCGAAGCCAAAGAGAAGCAAAUCAACCAAUCAGGACCAGUUGAACCGUACGACCCUCCUCGCGAGACGUCGUCCAAGCCAGCAUCUGCCGCAAGUCCGCGGGAUUCACCACCUGUCCUGGGACCUAGAAGCCCGCCUGCCUACACCUCCCGCCGAAGAACUGGUCGAAGCGAGUCCACGAGAAACGAUCUUUUAUGGCAAGCAAACACCCAAGAGAAUCUGACCCGCCUGGCGGCCAAAGGUGACGUUCAGGGAGUGGCCAAUAUCCUCAAUAUCCUACAAAAGGCCGAAACCGAGUCCCUGAUCGCUGCGGCCAAGGCAGGGCACGAAGAGGUCUUGCAGUAUCUUCUAGGUAUGGGCGAUCCUGAGCCAGACCCGGAACCCAUCAGGAGCAUCAAGCCGGGUUACAAUACGCCCAUGCUCGCCGCGAUCGGUCGAGGUCACCCAGAGGUUGUCAAGCUCCUGGUCGAACAAUCAGGCUUCAAUCCAGCGAGGAGGAUUCUUAAGGGGAAGACUUACUUUGAGAUUUCGGCAGAGCGCAAAGGUGAACAGUGGCAGAAGGAGUAUGAAAUUCUCAAAGCGGCCUACGACAAGUACACUGGAGGCAAGACCAGGAAGGUGACAUCUCCGCGGGCGACGAGGGAUUCGGAAAAGACCAGAGCCAAGGCUUCUCGUCGUUCUCACUCACCAACUGCGACUAAGCUACGUAAAUCCAGCUCAUCUAGUCCCACGCUGACCCAUAAAUCGCUGCCGAACAAAUCACCGCAAUCAUCAACCCGAGAGAGGGAUCGUGAUGUUGCCUCUACGGAUGGAGGGCAUCGACGGAAGCACCUUGCAGCCAGGAAAGAAACCGCUGACUCUUCGGUGGCGGUUUCAUCGGAUCACGAUCAAACUGUAUCUGCGCCGAGGAAGGCGCCUCCAAAGAAGCGCAGUCAGAGUGAUCUUCCCCUGCCACCCAACCUAGACACUGAGAAUACCCAUCGCCGACGAAGACUGGUCACUGGCAAGGAGCAUCGCAGACGCAAGAGCCUUGCUGCUGAGGAAUCCACAGACGAUGAAAAGACAAAGGUCACUGUCAAGGCUGAAGGUAGACCGGCCACGGCAUUGAAACGAACGCGAGAGAGCAUGUCCCCAGAAUCGGUUGCGACCGAAGAGGGCGAGGUGGGUCGAAAUACUGUCAAAAAGCGUAGGACAGUGGUCGAAAGCAGUCCCGAUGUAUCCGCCGCUGCCAAACGAAGAAGCAGCCGACCUGAAAUUCCUGGCUCUGCGCAAGAUGCUGACAAGCCUCCGAACCAAGCCGACCGGCUACACCCCGCUCCACCAAAGUCCAACGAGCUUGGUGAAGCUAUGGAUGUUGAUGUCGCCGACAGCCGAACCGCACCUGCUGAGACGUUCAACACCAAAGACGGGCAGGCGGAGCCUCAGCCAAUACUUGACCAAGAGCACGAUCCUGUGAAACGAGAACCUCUGGACGUUGGAAUUUCUGCAGCCGAGCUUGUAGCCCGAAAGCAGGAGGAGGCCCAAAAGGAGGAACAGGCUCGAAGAGAAGUGGAGGCCCGAAAGGCAGAACAAGCAAGACGGCAGGAGGAGGCUCGGAAGGCAGAAGAAGCACGACGGCAGGAGGAUGCUCGCAGAGCAGAACAAGCAAGAAAGGAAGAGGAGGCUCGGCAGGCUGAAGAAGCCAGAAAGAGAGAGGAGGAAAGAAAGCGACAAGAGGAGGAGCGGAUCGCUGCUGAAAAAGCUGCCGCCAUAGCUGCGGAAGAACAGCGACUCGCCGAAGAACGUGAACGCAUCCGGAAAAGUGAAGAGCAAGCUGCAGCGCAGAGGAAAGAGGAAGAAGAGCGCCAAGCACGCAUCAAACGAGAGUUGGAGGAGCGACAACGUCGCCAGGAGGAACAACUUCGUCAGCAGCGGCUUGAAAUGGAGCGGCGCCGUAGAGAGGCAUUGCCCAUUUUGCUCAGCACCACAGCCUUGAUGAUUGACAACAACGAUCCCACCGUCAGAAGUGAGGCAUGGCUCAAAAAGUUCCUGCCGUUGUACACCGUCCGAACACAGCAGCUCGACCCAGACGUUGCCCCAGCGAAUCGAGAUGACUUGUGGAUACCAAACUUCCAAGUUGCUGGACUUCUGGUGACGAAGGAUCUUAAUCUGCGCAACUACACCUCACUCGAGAUCAUGCCCGUGACCUUGCAACAACGGCAACGUUUGUGGCAGGUUGCGCGUCUGAUGUUAUCGUUCGAAUAUCAGGUGGACUCGUGGAACACACCUUUACAGAAGGCAAAGGAUCGAGAGGAGGAAGAGCGACCCAAGUUCAUGGCUAUGCAGGAACUUUUCUGGGUCAAGCUCUCCGACUUCGAAGAUCAGAUUCCUCGUCAUCCUCAUCUUGCGAAUUUACGACUCCGGCGACAACCGAUCUCUCUAAGAGUCCUUCCUCAACAGGUCCAAUUUGCCACGGAAGAAGGAUCGCCUUCGACGAAUGGGGUUCCUUCUCCUUUCUCCAACAGUUCUCCACGUCUCACAAACGGCAUCGGCUCUCAUGUACCUCCAGCUGUUAGUGCCGGUUAUGGCCACGGUUUCGGCCGUUGAGGUCCUGCGAGUUUAAGUUACCGGUGUAGGGCUUUGGUGGAUGAAAUUAUGAUUCUCCGAGAAUCUGAGCUUCGAAAGAGCUGGCACAAGGCGAGGCUUUGUUAGAAUCAGCGGAAGAUGGUCAAGUGCCUUUGUACCACAAUGCUACGAUCCUGAGGAUGUCUUAUUAUACGUGCUGUGCACCCUUUCAACAGUGUGUGGAUGAGGAUGAUAGAUGCGCUGGAGAUGAAUCAGCGUGCGGACGGAAAAAUGUCAAUCACACUCCUCGGAGCAAAUUGUCUCAUUCAUAGUUCAGAGUUGAGUCCUUAGUCUUUGUGAUCAUUUUCUCAAAAUGACAGUCCUGUCGCCUUCGCUGGCCCACACAGUGACAAGGCUGACCAUGCUGAGGAUUAUGCACGUGACUCAUAUUGAAUCGCACUGCUGGUACAAACACGCCAAGACAGCACACAAA